UAAGAGAAUGCUUGGUUGUGCCCAUCUGAAAGCUGCCGUCCGGGCCACUCUCUGGCCAAGUGGUCUUCCGUGGAGACCCCGGCCGAUCGAUUCCCUAACCUCGUACGAAAUUUGCUUCUGCUCCAGCAGCAAGGUGUGGACUUGACGACUUCUCCACCCUGCUCGGCUCUGAGAAGACUGGGGUCGUCGCGUCCGGUCUUGUUGAAGCCCCAAAGUCCAGGUCCGUCCAGAUUACCUAUCUCGUAUACUAGUACGGGAAUGCCACAUGCAUUGCCAAUCUGGUACGUAACUUCCAAGCUUUUUUCUACAAAGAAGAAGAAGAAGAAGAAGAAGAAGAAGAGUGAAAUGAGGCCGAUGAAAAUGAGGAACGGUGACAAAGUUGGCAGCCAUGAUCCACAAAGCUUGGCGGACGUCCAAAACCUGUGGAACCAAUGGGAGAUCCACUGCUUGAUAGUGGCAAGCUUCGCCUUGCAAGUGUUCCUCUUCUCCACCGCGGGCCUCCGGCUGCGCAGCUCCUCCCGUGUCGUGGGCGUGCUGCUGUGGCUGGGCUACAUGUCGGCCGACUCCGUCGCCGUGUUCGUCCUGGGCCAUCUCUCCGUCCACACCGCCGGCGGCCACCAGCUGCUUCUCUUCUGGGCGCCCUUCGUGCUCCUCCAUCUGGGCGGCCAGGACACCAUCACGGCUUUCUCCAUGCAGGACAACGCUCUGUGGAUGCGCCACCUGCUGGGCUUCGCCUCGCAGCUGGCGGUGGCCGUCUUCGUCGUCUCCAAGUCGCCCUGGCCAGACCGUCGGCUCCUCGCCGCCAUGCUGCUCAUGUUCCUGUCGGCGUGCAUCAAGUACGGCGAGCGCAUCUACUGCCUCGCCACGGCCAACCCAGAGCGGCUCAUGAAGGAGUUCCUGCGUGGCUUUGAAGACCGCAUACGCUCCAUCAAGGAGAUGCAAGCCAUCGCCAGAGAAGGCCUGGGGUCCUAUCUCAGCAGCCGCACGUUCACCGAGGUGUCCCUGAAUCCUGCCAUGGACAUCAUGUCCACGGACAUCCUGCCCAACUACGACUGGUCCGUCUCCCGCGACGUCUUCUCGGACCUCUACUCCAAGCAGAUCGAUCCUUCCACGCCACAGUACCGUCGCAACGCCUACUUCUUCGCCGAGGACAGGCUCUGGGUCUGCUACCAACGUCUCUACACGAAGGCCGUGUUCCGUCUCUCCCCUGCUGGCGCCUUGCUCCAUCUCCUCGGGUUUCUCUCCACCUCGGCGGCCAUGGCGCUCUUCUUCAUGGCCGGUAAAAGCGGCUACGGCGGAGCUGACGUCGCCGUGUCCACCGUGUUGCUCGUAGGCGCCGUCACUUUGGAGGCAACCUCCUUCGUCAUGUCCAUGUUCUCCCGCGAAGACCUCUGGAGGCACCCGCUCUGCUGCUCCGGCAAGCUCCCUGUGAUCCACUGCGUCUUCUUCAUCACCUGCGGGACUUGCGCUGAUUCGCUAAGGAGGAGGUGGCGGAGACCGCAGUGGUCCAAAACACUAACGCAGUACAGCAUCAUCCAGAGAUCCGUCAAGAGAGCUUCCGGCAGCUCAAUGGUGCCGCGGUGGGUCGUCGAGCGCCUGAGCCCGAGCGCGUCUGGCGUCGAGCGCAUUCCCGUCGCCGACGACCUCAAGCACCUGGUCGUCAAGAAACUGCUAGACGAUAAGAUGAUGGCGACGGACUUCACCAGCUCGCGGGGCGAGGUGGCGCUGGGGAGGCGGUGGGCUGAUCAGCAGCCGCCAGAGAGCCUCAGCCUGUCAGAGAAGGUCCUAAGCGAGAGUGUGAAGGAAGUGGAUUUCCCAACCAGCGUGCUCAUCUGGCACAUUGCCACGGACAUACGCUUCUUCACCGACGCUGCCGGCGAGGCCUCCGCCGACAGAACCAUUAUUAGCAGGCAGCUCUCAGGUUACAUCAUGUACCUCAUCUUCAAGUGCGGCGUCAUGCUCAGCAGCAACUCCAAGUUCCUGCUUCGCAAAGCCGGUGAUGAGAUCACCGCUCUUGUCAAGGCUGGGCGGCGAGAUGAUCGGGAUGAACAACAUGAUGGAUCAUCAUCCCGUGGUAAGAAAGCCAAAGGCAUAGCCAUGGCCGUGCAGCAUUUGGUGGGAUCGCCGCUGUUCGCGCAGGCACGCUCUUCAGACACAGUGCCGGCCAACCCCAGCACCGCUGAUAUCCUCGGUGACCCGGUGCUGCCUCGCGCGUUCAGGGUGGCCGAGUCGCUGGCCGGCGUCCCGGAAGCCGAUCGCUGGGGGCUCAUCGUCGACGUCUGGCUGGAGAUGCUCUACUACAUUGCGCCUCGCUGCGGGGCCGCGUUCCAUCGCGAGCAUCUCAGCACCGGUGGGGAGUUCAUCACGCAUGUCCUCGUCGUAAUGUAUACCAUAGGCCCCCUCGGCUAUCACCCAAGUCUGCUUAAGUUUGGACCUCACUAGUACUGCACGUUGCACGCGUAUCCUGAAAGUUUUAGAGCAUACAAGUCGUGCGGGUAUGGCACCGGCGCCCGACCCCGAGCGACCACCGGCCGCUACUGCUGCGGGCGGGAGCCCCCAACGAGCGCCGCCGCGACUGAUGGAUUUGGUGGCACCACCGGCGGCUGCUGCUUCAGAUUCGUCACUUUCAGUUUGACAGUGUCAUGUUUGAUAAAUUCAGUUUCGUCGGAGAACAAA